AUGAAAUUCCUACUUCCUCUCCUGUCGCUCAGCGCCGCUGCGAAUGCGCUGCACUUCUUCAUUGACGGCACAACCCCCAGAUGUUUUUACGAGGAGUUGCCCAAGGAUACACUUGUCGUUGGACAUUACACUGCUGAGGAGUGGGAUGACCGAGUAUCAGCCUGGGUAAAGCAUGACGGCAUCAGCAUCUACAUCAACGUCGACGAAAUAUUCGACAAUGAUCACCGCGUCGUUUCUCAGCGCGGCGCUGCUUCUGGCCGCUUUACCUUCUCUGCCGCCGAUGCUGGCGACCACAAGAUCUGCUUCACCCCUUCGUCCAGCUCUGGCCGCACUUCGUGGCUCUCCGCCAAGAACCCCAACGGCGGCAUCAAGUUGACUCUAGACUUGGUUAUUGGUGAGACCAAUCAAAUCGAGAGCAGCGAUAAGGGAAAGAUCCAGGAUAUCACAUCACGUGUCAAAGACCUCAAUGCUCGUCUUGCUGAUAUCCGCAGAGAACAAGUAUUCCAGCGUGAACGAGAGGCCGAGUUCCGAGAUCAAUCCGAGUCUACAAACGCCCGUGUCAUUCGAUGGAUCAUCAUCCAGCUCAUCGUGCUUGGCAUCACCUGCACCUGGCAGCUUUCCCACCUUCGAUCAUUCUUCAUCAAGCAGAAGCUCACCUAG